UCUUAUUCUUCUAUCUAUCUCCAUCACCAAAUCUUGCUCAUCACAACUAUAGAAAAUAGUAUCUAAGAGUGUGAUAUUGAAUCUAGGAGUUCGAUUUUCGACUUGGGUUUCGGGCGAAAUUCGACGUCGAGAAGCGGAGAGCACCUAGAAGGGAUGGUGAUCCAAGACUAUGUAGGAUCAAAGAACAACAAAGUGAUGAAAUCCCAAAGGAGUGGUGCACCAGCAAAGUUGGUGACAGCACUAACAUGUCUCCAAUUCUUCUUUGCAGUUUAUGCAACAUUCUUACUAUAUUACAUGGGACCUUCCAUUGAUCUAAGAACAUCAAAGCCAGAUUUCACAUGGGCCACAAGAAUUGCAAACCAAUGGAAGCAAUACAUGAUCACACCCCAUGUUGUUGGACACUACCAAGAAGCUGCUUCUUCUCUCAUAAGAGAAGAUAGUAAUAAUAAUAAUAACAAUAAUAAUGUUCUUGUUCUUGUUCCUCCUCAUCAAGAAGAACAACCUUUGAACCAAUCACAAGUUUGUGAGUAUGAGAAGAUUGAUUUCAUGCAGAAGAAGUCCAAUGAUGUUCAAAUGAUGAAGCUGAAGAGGGAGCUGUAUGAUGAGGUUUUGGAGUUUCAAAGCAGAAGCAUUGGAACUGAGACAUUACCUCAGUUAAUGGCAAUGAAAUCCAAGUGGGACAUAAAGGGUAGUAGAAACCAAAAACCAAAGAUCACAGUUUUGUUGAACCAUUUCAAGAGAAAGACACUUUGUGCACAGAUUGAUUCAUUGCUACAAGAAACUCUCCCUUUUCACCAUGCUUGGGUGCUAUCAUUUGGUAGCCCAAAUGAACUUUCCUUGAAGAGAAUUGUUGAAAGCUACAAUGAUUCAAGGAUCAGCUUCAUAAGCUCAAGCUAUGAUUUCAAGUACUAUGGAAGGUUCCAAAUGGCACUACAAACAGAAUCUGAUCUUGUAUACAUUGUUGAUGAUGACAUGAUUCCAGGGAAGAAAAUGCUUGAGAUUCUAGCACAUGUUGCUGGGACUGAGAAGUACAAGAACUCAGUGUUGGGAAGUAUUGGGAGGAUUUUGCCAUUUAGGCAGAAAGAUUUUACAUUUCCAAGUUAUAGAAAGUUUAGGUCUAAAGAAGCAGGGUUGUAUUUGCCUGAUCCUGCUUAUGAUAUCACUGUUGAUAAGAUUGUGCAGGUUGAUUUUCUUUCUAGCUCUUGGUUUCUCUCUGCUCAACUUGUUAAGACCCUCUUCAUUGAGACUCCUUUUACUUUCUCCACUGGUGAAGAUCUGCAUUUGAGCUAUCAGCUUCAAAAGUACCAGAAUGCAGGGUCAUUUGUUGUCCCAGUUGACCCUAAUGACAAGGAAACAUGGGGUGACAGUGAACAUAGGCUAGCCUAUGUAUCCGAAACCACAGUGAUAUUCAAGGACAUAGUUCAAGUUAGAGAUGAUCAAUGGUGGAAAGCACUUUCCACAGGCUAUGUUACACAAUGGGCAGCAAUGCACCCUCAAAACAUUGAUGCCCUCUUCUACGCUCACACACUUGACCAUGUUAAAGCACUUCAACCACUUCUUGACAAGUUCAGGUCUACAAUGGGUAAAAAGGCAUACAUCGUGGUCUCGGGUGGAAAAUUUUGCCCUUGCGAGGAAGCUGCAAGGGCAUUGAAGUGGCCAUUGUUGGUGUGCAAGGAGAGGAGGUUCAAGAUCUUUGACUUGGGAAUAGAGGCCAUUUCCGGGGUCUCGGAUUCAGAGGUGCCGGUGAUACAGGCAGUGUAUUCUAGCAUGAAAGGUUUGAUCAAGAUUCAUAAUCCUAGUGUUGUGAUCACACUGGAUGACAUUGAUCCUCAUGUGAGGAAGGCUCUCAAGAUGGCAUCAGAGAGCACUUCCAAUGCUACUACUUUAGUGUUGUUGCCCAGAGCUUCUGUCCCCAAAGUGCUUUGGAUGCCUGAUCUCCGUUCAACUGCAUUGCCAAAUUGGAAUAAGAUGAGACUUUCUAUCAACAUCAUCACCCAAAAUAGAGUAACUUCACUAACAAGGCUCCUCAAAUCUCUAAGCAAUGCAUACUAUCUUGGUGAUGAAAUUCCCAUAACCUUCAACAUGGAUAGCAAGGUAGAUGAGGCAACAAUAAAGCUAGUGGGCUCAUUUGAGUGGCCUCAUGGGCCCAAAACCCUAAGAAGGAGGAUCAUCCAAGGUGGGCUCAUUAGGGCAGUUAGUGAGAGUUGGUACCCAUCCAAUGAUGAUGACUUUGGCCUUUUACUUGAAGAUGACAUUGAAGUUUCUCCUUACUACUACCUUUGGAUCAAAUAUGCAUUAUUAGCAUACCACUAUGAUCCACAAGUUUCUCUCCCUGAAUUGUCCUCAAUUUCACUCUACACACCAAGGAUUGUUGAGGUUGUUAAAGAAAGGCCCAAAUGGAAUGCCACUGAAUUCUUCAAAAAGAUUCAUCCAAACACCCCUUACCUACACCAAUUACCUUGUUCUUGGGGGGCAGUGUUCUUCCCUAAACAUUGGAGAGAAUUCUAUGUUUACAUGAACAUGAGGUUCACUGAGGAUGCUAAAACAAACCCGGUUCAAAUCCCAAGGUCAAGAACAAAUGGGUGGCAAGCAUCAUGGAAAAAAUUCCUAAUUGACAUGAUGUACCUUAGAGGGUAUGUUAGUCUUUACCCUAAUUUCCCUAACCAAGCUAGCUUCUCAACCAAUCACAUGGAGCCAGGUGCACACAUUAGUGCUAAGGACAAUGUUGUCAAACACAACAAACAAGACUUUGAGGUUCCAUUAAUGAGUCAAGAUUUCAGAGAAUUGCUACCUAGUAUGAAGAUGCCAUCAGCUUCAAGAUUACCAUCAUUGAACCUUUUCAAUCAACCUGUUUCACUAAAGGGUCUUAAAUCUGCUGGUGCUAAGUUGGGUCAAGAUGUUCUAAGGUGUAACAAUGUUUCUGAGGUUGUAGCUGUGGAUCAAUACACUGGUCUACCACAACGCUGCUCCAAAUUCUGACGGAACACAACAAUAUAAUCUCUCUUCAUUGUUCUCAUUGGUUUAAUUUUUAUUUAUUUUUUUGCAUUGUUUUUGUUAUAUUUUAAAAUUAAGUGGGAAAUUUGGUCAGCGAUUUUGCUGUGUCACAAGGUGAUCGUUCCCAUACUGAAACAAUUGUAAUUAAAUUAUUGGUUAUACAUUUGAUUAGUACUAAGAUUAUU